AUGGUCGCGGAGAGCUUGCCACAAAGCUUGCCAAUCCACUCGGUCAAACUCCGUGGAAAGAUCACGACUCUCCGACCCCUCGACGCCACUUUGCGCUGCAGCAGGCGCCAGACCCGCUGCCACGCCGCCAGCGAACCGGACCCCGCUGCUGCUGACGCUCCGGCGCUGAGCGCAUGGCCAAUGCCGCGUGAGCCUGGCGGCACGGCCGUCCCGCCUGAGCCCGUGACCUGUGGCACGCAACGCGAACGCCCGACCCACGUCUCCCUGACGAGCGCGCCUGUCGCCACACCGGGCGACCAGCCCCCGGAUGACUGUCUCGACGACGUGCAUCCCCAACACUGCCGAUGGUGCUUCGCAGGGGGGCAGGCCUCCCGCGUUCGCAGUGCCCUGACCUGUGCGGCAAUUGCUCCGGGCACAGACGCAACUUUCGCUGCUUUGUCCGAUCCUGAAUGGCGCCCGCCGGCGCCCCUGCACGAUGUGCCUGCUGCCCUCCUCAACUUCCAGCCGGACGCGCCGGCAGUGCUCACCAACGCCGCCAUCGCUCAAGCUCUGCGGACUGCCAGGCGCGGCACCGCUGCUGGGCUGUCGGGUGCUACGUGCGAGCACUAUAAGCUGAUACUGACUCGACCAUGGCGGCGGCGUCCGCGGGAUCGCGACCGGCUGCGCCGACUAGUGUUGGCACGACAGUAUGCGGACACGUUCGACCGCGCCACGAGGCCCUUCGAGCUCGCGCUUCAGGCCCGUGCGGGGACGGAUUGCUUGGCAGCAAUGCUGCGCGCGGCAAGCGAGUUGAAUGCCGACGCCACUGAUGCGCGAGGACGGGAGUGGGAUGCGGCGCGCCAAAUCGCCUUCCUCCCCGCGGCAACUGGCACCCUCGGUCUAGCCAGCGCGCCUUGCCUGCGGGCAGCUGCGGCAGCGGGUGACAGGUUGCUCACCGAAGGGUGGGGUGCGCGCCCGGAGUGGGAUGACUUGCUCCGCGGGGCUGCCGAGGUGUGGUGGACCAGCUGGUCGACCAUCGCGCGGGAAGCCGUCGCCGCCGAAGGGGUGGUGGUCCCGGUGUGUUCGGUCAUUGCCGCAACGGUGCCGUCGUUCGUCUGGGGUUGUCCAAACUUCCCAAGCUCCCCGCGGGCGCUGCGUGCGGCUGCCCGCGCGGGCGCCGAUGGUGGGGGCAGCUCCGAUGCGCGUUGCAGCGCGCUGGCGAGCGCUGGCGCGGCCCACCGGCGACGAGCACACAACGCUCGGGUGGGUCCUGGAGUUCGCCGAGCAGCGGUCACCAUAAACAACGAUGUCGCGGUCGCUGCGCUUGCGGAAUGGCGAGCAGACCCGCGUGCUGCCAGCUGGUGGGAAGAAGCCCGUCACGUGCUCAUGGCGUCCGAGCCCGUCAGCCCGCAAACGCUGCUGGCAGCUGUAGUGCGUGCUGUGGAGGCCGCAUCAACACACGAACAUCACCCGCCUGACCUCGUCUCACGCAUCCAGGAUGCGUGGCUGCCCAGCAGUGCGCGUGUCCACGUUGGAUGGGCGGUCCGCCAGCUCCGGGAGCCGGAUGCGUACUUGCUCGCGCCCGUGCAGGAGGCCUUGCUCGAGUGCUACAGAGGCAUGCAGCUGGCGUCGGCGCUUGACCGGCAUUCCGAUCGCUUCCGCGCCAUGCCGGUCCCGGGCGCCGCUUCCCCUCAUGGAGAAGCCGCCGAGACAUCCGCGCGCAGCGGGCGGGGACGCCGCCGUGGGCGGGGCCGUGGCGUUCCGCCGGCUUCUGGGGCGCGUCAGCGUGACCAUGAUUCGUCGGGCAGCGAUACUGGUGCGGCCCCGGUUCCAGACCACGCCCAGGUGCCGGAUCGACAGCCGGUUUCCCUUCCCGACUUCCCUCGCGCUGCUUGGCAGUGGCUUGACGGCCUUGAUCUCCUCGCCGAGCUCCGUCGCCAAGUGCCCACCCUGCACACCGUGCCCCGUUUUCUCGCCGCGGGAGUCCGCCAUGCGCUUGUUUCCGCGCUUCAGGCAAUUCGGGUAGCGCAUGAGGGGCGCGACGACGUCGCGCGUGUGCGGGCGUGGAAGCUCUUCUUGCUUUUGCCGCGCUUGCUCCUUGCCCGUUGUUUCGAGACGGGUGGAGAAGGUCGGGCCGUUCUACUCCGCCGGGUGCAACUCUUUCGGGAAGGUCGUUGGGACAGCCUGCAUGGCCAGCUCGGCGCAGUGCCCUCCCGCACGAGGCAGCCCACAACCCCGGAUGCCUCGGAGGCUCGCGCAGCUGCAGCCUGUGCCCGGGUCCGGCGAGGGGAGAUCUCCCGAGCGCGCCAGGUCCUCACUGCGGCCGCGUUGGCUCCCGGGGACGAAGCCACGCUCCGAGCACUCACCGACCCUUCCAGACGGCCGCCGCAGCCGCUGCGACCGGUCCCGCAGCACGUGAUGAACCAUCACCCUGCAGAGGAGGUCGCGCUCUCCAAGCAACAAGUCGCCGACGCGCUUCGCACCUCCAAGCGCGGGUCAGCUGCUGGCCUGUCGGGCACCACUGUCGAGUUCUACAAGUUGCUCCUCGACGAUGAGGGUGCCUUAGAGGCCUUCACAUUCGUGGUGAAUGUCGCAGUUCGCGCGCAGGCUCCUCCGGUUGCGUUGGACGCCCUGGCCUUGUCGCGCCUCACCGCCCUUCGCAAGCCACAGGGAGGGGUCAGCCCGGGUGAGGAGGCUGCGUGGACUGCAGCGCGCCUCGGCGCCUUCCUGCCGCCCAGCUUGGGGGGCCUGGGUGUGUUGGCUGCAGAGCGGGUUGUGGGCGGCAGGUGGGGCGAGGAGUGCCAGCGCUUCGUUCGCCAGCUCCUGCGUCUCCGCGUUCAGAGGGCCCCUGCAACCCUGCGUGCCACGGCGGCCCAGGGGUGGGCAAGGCGAUGGUGGGGCCUGCUCUCGGUCGCCGUGCAGAGGGCAGUUGCCAGCACGGCCCUGGGUGUCUGGACGAUGCGGAAAGGGAAGGGGAAGGAAGGGAAGGCGACAGCAAAAGCGGUCGACCACUUGCUGUCAAGCGCGUAG